AUGAGAUUGUACAUAGCUGCAUCUGAUGUAACUUUAGGGAGCAUGUUGGCUCAGGAGGAUGAUAAUGGUGUCGAAAGGGCCAUUUACUAUCUUAGUAGAGUUCUAAAUGAUGCAGAAACCAGAUAUAGUAUAGUCGAAAAAUUAUGCCUAUGUCUAUAUUUCUCUUGUACAAAACUAAAUCAUUAUGUAAAGCCAGUUGAUGUGUAUGUUUCGUCUCAUUUCGACAUUAUUAAGCAUAUGUUAUCUAAACCUAUCUUACAUAGUCGAAUUGGUAAAUGGGUAUUGGCUUUGACCGGGUAUUCUUUAACUUAUAUGCCUUUAAAGGCUGUUAAGGGACAAGCGGUGGCAGACUUUAUAGUCGACCACUCCAUAGUACAAAACUCCUUAAACUAUCUGGAGUUUGAGCCUUGGGAGUUGUACUUCGAUGGUUCUACUCAUAAAUAUGGAACGGGUGUCAGGAUACUAAUUAUUUCUCCUAGAAAAAUUCCAACAAAAUUUAAGUAUAAGGUCGAAGGCCUUUGUUCAAACAAUGAGGCUGAGUACGAGGCUUUGAUAGCCAACCUUGAGAUCUUGUUGGAAUUGGGGGCAACUCGAGUCAAAAUACUGGAAGACUCAGAACUAUUAAUAAAACAAAUAAAAAAGGAGUACAAAUGUUUUAAAGAAAAUCUAAUUAUGCGUUUUGUGAUAGCUAGUAGACUCUUACGUAAGUUUGAAGUGGUAAACAUUCGACAUAUACCUCGACUUCAGAAUCAAGAGGCAAAUGACUUAUCUCAGAUUUCCUCUGGAUAUAAAAUUUCAAAAGAGAAAUUACAAGAUGUGAUUGAGGUCAUAGGAAGAGUAGUGUCUACUAGACUUUCCAUAUCAAAUUUGGGGGAAACAAAGUUAGGAUAUGUUGACGAAGAGAAUUUCGAGAUUCUGGCAAUGUAUUGUUUGGCAGAUGAAGAUUGGAGAAAGCCAAUAGUAGAAUAUUUAGAAAAUUCAGCAUCAUCUACUAAAUGA